UUCGUGUCGUUCCGUGCGUUGCUGCUCCUCGGGACAUUGUGUGUGUGUGUGCGAAAUCAGAGCUCAUAUUUACCACGGUGCAAAAAUGGUAACACAACGUGCUGGUGCUUCGGUCGUUUGACCCACGCCACGAGCGACACGAGCAAGUUGGAUCCUUCUGUCCGGGCCAAAACUAAAAGUACCAAAAUUUUGCGUGCCUCAAGUACAAAUUAGUCGAUCACAGUAGCCCGCGGGAGCGAGGGGGCUAAUUGGGAGGAACAAAAAUCAACAAACAACCAAAUGGGCAAAGAUUCGGUGCGCGAGAAGGACCUCCCGGGGAUGGCGGCGGCCGCCACCGCCACUAGUGGCAGCCGAAGGUCGGGCCGUCCUGUCAGUGCGUCGCCGUACUCGGAGCACUAUCGGCCCCCGAUCGAUCUCUGCCAGCGGCACCUGAUCAACCACCGGCUGCUGGUGUCGAAGCUGACGCGCCGCGAGCUGGAGGACAAGUAUCUCAGCCUGUGCGACGAGAACUACACCAUCAAAAAGCGGUUCCUGGAGCAGGAGGAGCUGAUCAAGCGGCUGAAGACGAAGCUGUCCCGGCUGUCGAACGAAAGCAACCAGCGGUCCAAGUCGCGCCUCGAUAUGGCCUCCAGCGAGCAUUACAGCAGACUGCACGAUCUGGAGCUGCAGCGGCGCGAGCUGCACGAAAAGCUGGAAGCCCUGCGCCGUGCCACCUCGAACGAUGGGCGUAUGCGGGAGAAUUCCGUUUGCAAAGCACGGCAAAGUGCACCGGCCAGCAGUCAGCGCCGUUCGAAGAGUGCCCGUCCGGCCAAAGAGACGGCCGGUGGGCGGCGGGAAUGCAAAUCGACAUCCCCGUCCGCCGAUGGUUACGAUGAGCGGGAGGAACGGCUGCGCCAUCGAUUAACGCGACAAGCUGGUGGCAAGGGCCGUACCAGCACGGACGACCGGACCGAGGAUGACGAGGAGGAGGAAGAGGAGGAGGAGGAGGAGAGUCAUGCCGUCGCUGCGGCACGCCGCUCCAGUCACCGGAAGUCGUACGGUGCGGACGAUGAGGAAGAGGAGGAGGAGGAAGAGGACGAAGAUUCCGAUGACAAGGAUGUGCGGGAGACGCUGGACGAAGAUCGGGACGUGCUGUCUGGCGGUGGCAGUGAGGAGCUAAACGAAAGCGAACGAGAUUCGCCGGCAAGUGGGGCAGCAGGUGGCGCAAAGUCCAUCAGCAAAGGCCGUCGCCAUGCGGCCAAAUCGAAGGGUCGGCAGGCGGCGGGCGCCCACUGUCCGGACUGUGAGCGCCAUCGGGCGGAGCAGGUGACGCGCGAAACUGACCUCGUCAAAAUGAAGCUCAACAUCAAGUAUCUGCACAAGGAGCUACAAAACGAGAAGGAAAAGAGUACGCUGCUCGCCCGCCAGCUGGAGGAGAAGCUGUCGUACGAAAUUAUGAAGCGCAACGCGGCGGAGAACCUGGAAAUACUGAACCUCAACAGGCAGGUGGAGGACCUCGCGAAGGAGCUGCAGCGCCAGGUGGACGAGCAGAAGCGCUCGAUGGAGCACGAGCUGCGGAAGCAAGGUGAUCUUGAGGCGCAGAUACGCAAAGAGAAGGACAAAAAUGCUUCCCUGUUCGAGGAGUGCGAACGGCUGAAGAAGAACAUUGAAAAGCUCAAAGAGAACAUGUCUGAAGUGGAGAUCGAGCGUGACUUUCUGAAGCGGCAGCAGGAAAACUUUACCAAAAUCGUGGACGAAAACAAGCUGCUCAAGUACCAGCUGGACGAGCUGCGGAAGCACAACGAGGAGCUGCUGCGCCAGAUCGACACGCUGCGGGAGGAGGAGCUCGUCACGAAGGAGUCCCAGCGGGAACUGCUGGAGAAGCUGAAAACGCUCCAGCAGGACAACGACACGCUGUCGGUGAUGCUGGAGGGGCUGCGGACGGAGAAUGUGCUGUUGGCGGAGGAGCGAACGCAGCUAGAGCAGAGUCUGAAGAGUUUGGAAGCGUCUCCUAUCAAGGAAGUGCGUCCCGUGUCACCGGCACCAGUUGUUACCGUGAGUGCAUCGGUACAGACCGAACAGUUGGUCCGUGAGCAUGAACCUCUUCCUGCGAAGGAGCCGAAAGUGUUCCUCCGAGAACCAUCGGCCAUCGAGCGAAGGGUACCACCACAGGAGCUUGUUUCGGGCCCAGCGAUCGAACCGAUAGCUCCGCUAUCCAGAUGCUCCUCUGUGGUGGCCAGGAUGAGCCGGGAUAGGCACGUGUACGAGUCAGCAGAAGCGGCUCAGCAAAUAUUUCGUCAGGUCAGCGUCAGCCAGAUGAUACCGAAGCUGUCGCAUAUCAUGAACAAUCGCAUCGAACCGGCGAAGGUGAACAAUGUGGAGCUGCUGAUUGCAAACCGCUUUCCCGAGUCGUUAGAGAAAUCGUUCCGCGAGGAUGAGCGAUUUCAUAAGCUGCAAACUGCAACGCGCCGAAGAAACAGGGAUCUUGACUCCAUAUCGUCGGGCGUGUCGGAUAGACGUAGAAUUUCCUUCCUAGAUGCGGGCAGCUCUAGUGAGACUGUAUCAAAAGGUGGCGAUCACAUGGUGAAACAAAACUAUGCCCGCUACUUUGACAUUCAACGGCUUCCGUCCAUGUGGCACCGGAUUGCCGAGAACCCGAUGUCAAUAUCACCGACCACCACGACGCCCACGGUUAAUUCGCAAGACGAUAACGAUGGUGGCACCACCUCCGAUCUACUAACGAUCGAGAUACGCUCCGUGCGAUGGAACCAACUGGGCAUCGAACGGCUGCUAGCCUCCAGCGUACUGUUCUACUACGUCGAAUUUACCUUUCUCGAUCUGUACGGCCAUCUGCUGGAAACACCGCUCCCGGCCAAACUCAUCACCGAAGACGGCGAAGUGCGCCAGAACCAUAACUUCAACUUUCGAGUGGCGGUCGAACUGGGCACAACGCUGCACGCAGAACGUCGCGCAGUGCUGAAGAAAAUGCUUCGCCCGGACGGUAACGAUGCGGUACGGUUUGUGGUGGUGAACGAGAAUCGUGCCUCCGGUCAGCACGCCUGCGAAGAUAUUGGAUACGCUUCCGUCAAGCUGCGGAAUGAGUUGCAGCAGCACCCCGGCGACGGUUCGGAGGAACUGGCGAUCGAUGUACCGAUUUAUGACUUUUUCCACGAGCAUGACGAGCUGGGCAUGUUGCGGAUUGUGCUCGACAAUGUGAAAUUGCUCCAAGUGCUGAUGGGUAAUGAAUCGUGAUCGAACAUGGGAACUGACAGAAGGGCAAAGCAUGGCAUGUCCGAAGCAUUAGAUAAUAAAAUUGGUUACAGUUUUGGUUUCUUA